CCCGCCUGGCCUGCCUGCCUGGGCCCGGGCCGCGGGAGGAGGGCAGGCAGGCAGGCAGGCAGGAUGUGGCUGCGCCUGGCCUUCCUGCUGCUGUACUUCGUGGUGCUGUUCGUGCUGGCGCGCGUCUUCGAGGCGGCGGUGUGGUACGAGACGGGCUUCCUCGCCAGCCAGCUGGUGGACCCCGUCGCCCUCAGCCUCCGCACCCUCCGCACCAUCCUCGAGGGACGCGGCCUCGCCCACGCCGGGGGAGCCGGGGGAGCCGGAGCCGGGGGGGGAGCGGGAGCGGGAGGGGGCGCCGCCCUCCUCCUCCUCGCCGCCCAGAAGGACGAUGCCCGGCAGCUGGUGCGCCAGUCCGGAGACCUCAUGGAGGGUGAACUUUAUUCUGCUCUUAAGGAAGAGGAAGCUUCUGAAUCUGUUUCAAGCACAAACUUCAGUGGUGAAAUGCAUUUUUAUGAACUGGUGGAAGAUACGAAGGAUGGUAUCUGGCUAGUACAGGUUAUAGCAAAUGACAGGAGGCCUCUUAUGGGAAAAGUCCAUUGGGAACAAAUGGUGAAGAAAGUAUCAAGAUUUGGUAUACGUACAGGUACUUUUAACUGCUCCAGUGACCCAAGAUACUGCAGGAGGAGAGGCUGGGUAAGAUCCACACUAAUUAUGUCAGUUCCACAAACUACAACAUCCAAAGGAAAAGUGAUGCUUAAAGAGUAUGGUGGACAUAGAAUUGAGACGGAGCAUAUUUUCAAAUGGAUAACAUCCCACACAGCUUCUCGGAUCAAAACCAUCUUCAAAUCAGAACACUUGAAAGAGGAAUGGAAGAAAAGCGACCAGUAUCGAGUAAAAAUAUACCUGUUUGCGAAGUUAGACCAGCCUCCUGCCUUCUUCUCAGCACUAAGUGUAAAGUUUACUGGGAGAGUUGAGUUUAUUUUUGUAAAUGUAGAAAAUUGGGACAACAAGAGUCAGAUGGCAGAGAUGGGUAUCUAUAAGAUGCCAUCUUACAUCCUUAGAACUCCAGAAGGCAUUUACCAUUAUGGGAAUAAUACUGGUGAAUUCAUUUCUCUGCAUGCCAUGGACUCCUUUUUGCGUUCUUUACAACCGGAAGUUAAUGAUUUAUUUGUCUUAAGUCUGGUCUUAGUUAACCUAAUGGCUUGGAUGGACCUAUUUAUCACCCAAGGUGCCACCAUAAAGCGCUUUGUUGUUCUCAUAAGCACUUUGGGGACCUAUAAUUCACUCUUAAUUAUUUCUUGGCUACCAGUCCUAGGUUUUUUGCAGUUACCUUAUUUAGACGGUGUCUACGAGUGUAGUUUAAAACUGUUUAGGUAUUCUAACACGACUGCAUUGGCGUCCUGGGUGAGAGCUGACUGGAUAUUCUACUCGUCACACCCCGCCUUGUUCCUCAGCACUUACCUGGGCCAUGGCUUAUUAAUAGAUUACUUUGAGAAAAAAAGACGGCACCAUAACAGUGAUGAAGUAAAUUCCAAUAACCUAGAGUGGCUUUCGAGCCUUUGGGACUGGUACACUAGCUACCUGUUCCACCCCAUUGCGUCUUUCCAGGACUUUCCCUUUGAAUCAGAUUGGGAUGAAGACCCAGAUCUGUUCCUUGAGCACUUGGCUUUCCCUGCUUUGUGGCUUCACCCACUAAUACCAACUGAUUACAUUAAAAACUUGCCCGUGUGGCGAUUUAAAUGCCUUGGUGACCAUUCUGAAGAGGAAAUGGUGGAAAUCUCUCAAAGUGAAAGUGAUUCAGACGGUGAAUGCAAAGAUGUACCAAGUGGUAGCACAAAGGUAUCUGAGGAUGAGCAGAGUACCCUUCAAAACCCUUCUUGUGAAGGAGUACUUCUGCACAGUGCCAAGAUCUGUUCACGUGCCAAAGCCAGGUCAUGCAGGGCUUUGGAAGAUACAGAGCCUGAUUGGUCAGGUUGGCCUGCUGCUACUUUGCAUUGUACAGAAUGUGUUGUAUGUCUAGAGAAUUUUGAAAAUAGAUGUCUGCUGAUGGGCUUACCAUGUGGCCAUGUGUUUCAUGAGAACUGCAUUGUUACGUGGCUGGUUGGCGGGCAGCAUUGCUGUCCAGUUUGUAGGUGGGCCUCUUAUAAGAAAAAGAAGCCAUACAUAAAUCCUCGUGCUUUGUCAAAUCUCAACCCAUCUUAUGAGUAUAUUCAACGAGAAGAGGAAAAGGUAAAAAGAUCAAUCAAAGAUGCUGCCAAAAAAGGUCAAAAAGAUGUGUGUGUGGUCCUGGCGAAGGAGAUGAUCCGUUCACGGAAGGCUGUGAGCAAACUGUAUGCCUCCAAAGCACACAUGAACUCUGCCCUGAUGGGGAUGAAGAAUCAGAUGGCUGUUCUUAGAGUGGCUGGGUCCUUACAGAAGAGCACGGAAGUCAUGAGGGCCAUGCAGAACUUAGUGAAGAUACCUGAAAUUCAGGCUACAAUGAGAGAAUUGUCCAAAGAAAUGAUGAAGGCAGGUAUUAUAGAAGAGAUGCUGGAGGAUACUUUUGAAAGCAUGGAGGAUCAAGAGGACAUGGAAGAGGAGGCAGAGAUGGAAGUUGAUAAAAUUUUGUUUGAAAUCACAGCUGGAGCCUUAGGUAAAGCACCUGGUAAAGUUACUGAUGCCCUUCCAGAGCAUGAGCCCGAAGGGGCUACAGCGGCCAUUGAUGACGAUGAAGAAGAUAUUGAAGCCAUGCAGUCACGGUUAGCUACUCUCCGUAGCUAAGAGUAGAACUCCUGUACAGUUUGAUUCAUUUUCGCCAUGGGCUGUUCAGUUAUGCCUUUACAAUGUAAAA